AUGGCACCAUCAACACCUCGCAAACCACCAAAGCAUCGCAACAAUCCAGGCAGUGCUGGCGCCAACCGUCUACCCAAUAUGGCCCCUGUCGCCCCUGCCGACUACGGAUCUGUCGCCUUUUAUCCCGCCGCCGCUGCUGCUGCCGCUGCUCAGGCGCAAUCGAACCUACCACCUGCGCCCAUCGUCGCCCAGAACCUGAGAGACCACAGCCUUGAGGAGAUGAAUCUCAAUGUCCUCAGGAGAUAUGUCCCCACCAUCCAGUCUUAUAUCGCCAUGGCCCACAACGCCACCCUCUUCACAUGGAAUCUCUCGAGCGAGACAGGCGGCUGGGAGGAGACGGGCGUCAAGGGUCCCUUCUUUGUCUGCAUCCAGGAGCAGCGUUUAUCUCCCACCGGUCAUCUUGUCCCACGAGCCUGCGUCUUCCUCUUGAAUCGCAGCAGCCCCGAGAACGCUGUCUUUGACUUGGCAACCAUCGCCCAGUGCGAACUGACCGAGGUGCAACAGCCAAUGGGCGAAGUGUCUAAGGGGCAACCGCUGGGCGAACUGCUCAAGGGGAAGCUCCUCUCAGCCGUCACCGAUAGCGGCGAGGGCUUGGGCUUUUUCAUCGACCUGGAAAAGGCACAGGAGACAUGGGAUGCAUUCAGCACAAUGUGGCACAGCGUUCGGGUUGCAGGGCAGGGCUGA